AUGUCUACGGAGGAAUCUCUGAUUGCGCGGCUGGAAGGAAGGCGUAAUAUUUACGAUGAAAACCGAAUAUAUGGAUUUGAAGUCUUUUGGCGCGAUCACCAGCCUUGGUUGGACGAGCGUGGAUAUCUGCUAAGACCACGCUAUUCUCCUGACUGGGUCCCCUCAUGGAAGGGCACGAACAAGGAUUAUACUGAGUGUGAGGACGGUGUGGGACUGCGUUAUGACCGGAUUAUGGACGCGACGCGUCUGUCAGAUGGGGCCCUCGUCGCACUGAAAAGAGUACAUAAAUCGGAACACCCGCACGAAGUCGAGAUUGCGACAUAUCUCGUUUCUGAGCCGCUUGCAUCGGAUACCCGGAACCGCACCGUGCCUAUAUAUGAGAUCCUGCAGUUACCCAAUGAUGAAGACGAAGUUUUGCUCGUUAUGCCUCUCCUUCGUAGAUAUGAUUCACCUCGGUUUGAUACGGUGGGGGAAGUGAUCGCUUUCCUAAAGCAAAUCCUUGAGGGCCUAUUGUUCAUGCAUCAAAAUCUCGUAGCUCAUCGUGAUUGCAACGGGUACAACAUUAUGCUGGACCCGUCUCGGAUGUAUCCGCAGGGUUUCCAUCCGGCACGGCCUGAUCGCAAACGAGAUUUCAGACGAUUUGCGCAGUACUACACGCGCUCACAACGACCCCCGAAAUACUACUACAUUGACUUCGGCUUGUCUCGGCGUUAUAGGCCGGAAGACAUGCCUCCUAUGGAGGAAAUCAUCCGCGGCGGGGACAAGACAGCCCCGGAAUUCGAGAAUGAGGACGGUAGAGCCAACCCGUUUUACACAGAUGUUUACUACCUCGGUAACUUAAUGCGAGAGGAUUUCAUUCAGGAUAAAUACGGCUUCGAUUUCCUGCAGCCACUGGUGCAGGAUAUGGUGCAGGGCGACCCCUGCUUGCGACCAACAAUGGAGGAAGUCGUCCCUCGCUUCGACGACAUCGUCCGCGGCCUCAGCUCGUGGAAACUACGAUCUCGGGUUGUCAAACGCGACGACUACUCUAUCAUCGGGGUUUUCAGAACCCUAUCACAUUGGUCAAGACGGAUCCGCUUCAUAAUCCGGCGUACACCACCUAUCCCACUUCCUGAUUAUUAGGUGUCAUGCUCUACCUUCGCUC